AUGGGCGGUGGUGAUCUGAACUUGAAAAAGUCAUGGCAUCCAGGAACAUUCCGCAAUCAAGAGAAUGUAUGGAAGAGAGAACAAGCUGCUUUAGAAGAAAAAAAGAAACUAGACCAGCUUCGUAAAGAAAAGGCCGAGGAAAGAGCAAGGGAAGAACUACAAGCUCUCAAUAAUGGUCGCAUCAAGAAAUCUGAUACUCGGCUAGAAUGGAUGUAUACUGUUGGUCCUGGAGCAGUGUCAGGAGAUAUCAGUGAAGACAAGGAAGCAUUUCUACUUGGUAAAAAAAGAGCAGAUAAGCUAGUCGAGCAAGGUACCAAAGUAUCCGAUAUGUCUACUGCGGCUACAUUUACAAAAACCAACUCAACCUUGUACGGAAUGACUGCCAACUCUGUUAGAGAUCUGCAAGCAAAAAUCCGAGAUGAUCCACUAUUAGCUAUUAAACGACGUGAGCAAGCAUCUGUUCAGGCUGUUUUGAAUAAUCCAAUUCGUCUGAAACAAUUGACCGAAAUGAAAAACAAGGAAAAAAAGUCUAAAAAGGAAAAGAAAAGCAAGGAUCGUCAUGGUAGAAAUGCGUCUCCUUCACCACCUCGCCAUAGGCAUAAGCGUUCCAGUGAUGCAUCGAGUCCUCGAGAGUCAAUAGCAGUUUCUUUAAGCCGUGAAAAAGAACGCUCAUUUGUUCCACUGGAAGAAAAACACUCGAGACAUUCCAGAUCUCCUAAGCGUAGUCAUGUGGAUAGACAGAGUAGAUCUGAUCGUCAUUAUAGUCCUUCAUCUCGAGUACAGAAACCAUUGCAUCAUAGUGAUCGAUAUGAACAAAGCAGCCGUAGACAUAAUAAUGAGAGUAGAUACACUUCCCGGGACAGUCGAUCGCGAUCACCUAGAGAUGGGCAUAAUACUAGACACCACGAUUCGGAUGCUCCUCGUACAUCUGUAUCUCGCCAUACAAAAGACACAUCAUCUAGCUCACGAUACAGAUCUCCACCAAAAGACCGAUACAACGAUUCACCCAAAGACUACGCCAAAGCCAAGACACAUUCAUCAAAUGCAUCGCAUCGAGCAUCUCAUGGUGAGUUGACUACCGCACCGUUAGAGUCGGCUGUAAAUGGAGAUUACGAAUCCCAUAAAAAACGACAGGAAGAAGAUCGUAUACGCAGGUUAGAAGCGAUGCAGGGAAAUGCGAAAAGGUUAAUACAAGAGCGAGAAGAAAGAAUCAAGACGGCACGGAUUCAAGAUGCUGCAGAACAAGCAGCCGAGGAAGAUGCUCGACGAAAACGGUCGAGGGUUAGUGGAUCCCUUACAGCUGAAGCUAGUUUCGAAGCAGACAUGCAUCUCCAGGCAUAUGUGACUUCAGGGGCGACUGCGGCAGACAUGAUUCAACGCAAUCGAGCAUUUGCUGAACGCUCUGUUGUCGAGCAUUGAAUAAAACUUGAUGUAUAUCAGCCAAA